AUGUCCGACGCGCGAACGCGCUCGCGAGGGACGGUGGACAUCGAUGGUGAGACAUUGAAGCGCGCGGAUCGGGGGCGACGGGGGCGUGAAAGCGGGGAUCGGCGGAGCGAGACGAACGCGGUGGCGGCGGCGGGAGAGGACGGCGGCGAGCGAGACGCGGACGCGCUGCGAGUCUUGCUCGCCACGGAUGACGCGCACACGCGAGGAAUGGUGCAUAAAAUGUUGAGAGAGCUCGGAGUGGAGGUUGUGAUGGCGACGAACGGGAAAGAGGUCUUGGAAGUUUUGCGAGGAAGGCCGAAAGGCGUGGCGGCGGCGGCGGAGGACGUUUCGGUGGACAUGAUUUUGUUGGAUGUGCUCAUGCCCGCUUUGGACGGCGAGGUCGAGCUCGUGGAGGUGUGCAAGUCGAAUGAAGCUUUACGAGGCGUUCCCAUUGUUAUCAUGUCCACCGUGGACGAGCGGAAGGCGUGCGGGACGCGGUACGAGCAUUCCGGCGCCGCUGGUUUCCUGACAAAGCCAGUGAACCGAACCGAGCUCAAGGAGAGCUUAUCGCACACGCGCAUGCUGAAAAGUCACGAGAGUGGCAGCGCCGAGAAUGAUGGCUCCGGGAACGAUCCCAACGUCGGAAGCGCCAAGUCUUCACUCACAAAGCUCACCAACGGGGAGAAGGCAGCUGGCGGCUCGGGCGACGGCGGUUCCGGUGGUGGUGGAUCUGGACAGGGACAGAACGAUUCCGGAAGCGAUAAUGUUCGAUUGUAUAACGAAGGUAACGAGAAAUCGCGACGUCGCGAGGCUGAGGCGAUGGAUCGAUGGGCCAGUCGAGAGGGCGGUUCCGGAGACUGCGGCUCUGGAGGAUCCGGUCAAGGCACCGGAAGCGGUAGCGGUUCGCACGAGGGCUCGGGUUCUGGACAGCGAGAUUCGAACGAAAACGAAAAGUUUCGAGGGCUGAGCGUGCAGCUCAUCAAGGCUCACGGAGGUGCGACGACCAUGCUCGAACUGAGUUUGCCCGAACACUCGUCCGAGCACGUCGUCGUUCGACGAUCGAACUCGCGCUCCGCGUUCAAGGGAUUCCAAACCUACCUCAAAAGUGAGAAGAAGGAAAGUUCAGUGCAAAUGAUGAGCCUAGAUCUAACGCAGCAACAACACCAAUCGUUUUACGAGGCAUCCUCUAUGAUGCCGCCGGCGGAUUUUGCCAGAUUUUACGGGCCCAUCAUGCCUGCGGGCAUGCCGCCGCCGCCAAUGGAUCUACCCUUACCGCCGCCACCGUACAUCGACAUGAAUCAGUUUACGGCUGCCGCGUUCACAUCGGCCUCGAUCCGACCUGACAUGAUGGAUUCGACCGCAAACCCGUUCUGGAGCGUGUUGCAAACCGCGGCGGAUCACACGCAGCAGACGAGUUCAAGCCAAGCCGCCGAGCAUCGCGCCGCGGCGAUCCGACGCUUUUUGAAAAAACGCAAGGAGCGUAACUUUGACAAGAAAGUCCGUUACGCUUCGAGGCAGCAGCUCGCCGCGUCUCGUCCUCGCUUACGUGGACAAUUUGUACGCAACGCUGAGGAGACGACGACUGAAAACGGCUCAAACGGUUCUGACGGAAAGAAAUCAAAUGAGUUCAACGCGAGCGCCGCCAAAGGCGAAGUCCAGGGCAGAGAGGAACAAUACGUCGAUCGUCACGGUUCCAACACCGGUACCUCGAACGAGGGCUCAAAGGAAGGAUCGCGAAGCUCGUCUCGCGACGGCUCCAAGUGA